AUGGCCUACACGCCGCCAAGAGUGAGAGAGAUCUGUCGUUACCAAAAGAGCACCGAGCUGCUCAUCCGCAAGCUGCCCUUCCAAGGCCUGGUCCGUGAGAUCGCGCAAGACUUCAAGACUGACCUGCGCUUCCAAAGCUCCGCCGUGAUGGCUCUUCAGGAGACUAGCGAGGAUUACCUCGUUGGUCCUUUCGAAGAUACCAACCUGUGCGCCAUUCACGCCAAGAGAGUCACGAUAAUGCCCAAGGACAUCCAGCUCGCUCGCCGACUUGGCCACAAUCUCCUGUGUUACUUCUGCAUCAUGCUGGAACACGAGACAUUCUCUAAAAUAUGGAGCAUUGAUCAAGUCUAA